AUGGCACGCCUCGCCGCCGUGGCCGUGGCCCUCGCAGCCAUCGCGGCGGUGGCCGGCGCCCACGAGACGUACUACGCGUCCGUGGAGAACCACCUUCCGGCGCUGGGCAUGAAGCUGGCGUGCCAUGCGAUGGGCGGGUUCCUGACGGAGCUCAGCGUGGUGCCGCGCGGCCGCGUGCCCCACGGCAGGGCCGGGCGCCGCGUCGCCGAGCUGCUGGUGGAGCAGGGGCAGCACGGGUGGGUGCGCUGCAACUGGGCGUACGCGGGCAACUACGUCGCCGGGAUCACGGUGCUGGACUCGCGGUGGCCCGAGGCACGGCGGUGUCAGGACCCCGCCGGCCAAGGCCUGUGCCGCGUCGUCUUCGAGAACGACGCCGUGGUCCUCAAGACGCCGGACCGCGGCGAGCGCGUGAUCGGGGACCUGCCCGUCAAGCGCUGCCGGCGGCACUGGAUGCUGUUCAGCACCGGGUGCACGUACCCCGACCACCGCUACCCAUACGCCGGCCGGCGACUCGGGAGCGCCUUCGAAUACUUCGCCGUCUGA